GGCCGCCUCCCCCAGCGCGCGUCCGUCCCGGGCCCGCGCCGCCGCCGCCGCCGCCGCCGCGCGCGCGCAGCUCAAGUAAAGGAGGAAAAAAAAAGGGGGAAAAAUAGAAAGCGGCGGCGGCUGCAGCAGCGAUCCGCCGCCGGACUGGGCCAGGCCGGGCGGCGGCCACGCGAGCCGGCGAUCCAGGGCACCGGCGGCGGCCAGCCAGGGCGGGCCGUGUUCAAAAAAAAAGUCGCGGCGGCGGCGGCUGCUCAGGGAAGGAGGCCCGAGGGCCGCGUGUAGCGGGCGGGCGGGCGGGCGGGCUGGGGGCGGCCGCGCGGCGUCCCGGAGCCUCGGGCCGCCCGGAGCCGGCGGGCGGGCAGAGGCGGAGGCGGCGGCGGCUGCAGCGGCUGCAGGAGCGGCGGCGGCUGCGGCUGCGGCGGCGGCAUCUCCUCCUCACAUGACCCCACUGUUUGUCCCCGUGAUCAGCGCGAGCGGCUCCCGUAUCUCCUCCGUCCCCUCCUGCCGCGCGGCGUGAGCGCCGGGCUCGGGGCCCCCCCGGCCGCCCGCCCCCUCCCCUCCCUCCCUCCCCUCCCCUCCCCUCCCCCCCGGGCCCCGCGCCCCCCCCGCCCCCGCCCCCCCCAUGGACAUGCUGGACCCGGGUCUGGAUCCCGCUGCCUCGGCCACCGCUGCUGCCGCCGCCAGCCACGACAAGGGACCCGAGGCGGAGGAGGGCGUCGAGCUGCAGGAAGGCGGGGACGGCCCAGGGGCGGAGGAGCAGACGGCGGUGGCCAUCACCAGCGUCCAGCAGGCGGCGUUCGGCGACCACAACAUCCAGUACCAAUUCCGCACAGAGACGAAUGGAGGACAGGUGACAUACCGCGUAGUCCAGGUGACUGAUGGUCAGCUGGACGGCCAGGGUGACACGGCUGGCGCGGUCAGCGUCGUAUCCACCGCUGCCUUCGCGGGGGGGCAGCAGGCUGUGACCCAGGUGGGCGUGGACGGGGCAGCCCAGCGCCCAGGCCCCGCUGCUGCCUCUGUGCCCCCAGGUCCUGCGGCGCCCUUUCCGCUGGCUGUGAUCCAAAAUCCCUUCAGCAAUGGUGGCAGCCCCGCAGCUGAGGCUGUCAGCGGGGAGGCACGAUUUGCUUAUUUCCCGGCGUCCGGUGUGGGAGAUACUACGGCUGUGUCUGUACAGACCACAGACCAGAGCUUGCAGGCUGGAGGCCAGUUCUAUGUCAUGAUGACUCCCCAGGAUGUGCUUCAGACAGGAACACAGAGGACGAUUGCCCCCCGGACACAUCCCUACUCUCCAAAAAUCGAUGGAACCAGAACACCCCGAGAUGAGAGGAGAAGAGCCCAGCACAAUGAAGAGCCCUUCUUCUCAAGAACCAACCUGAGUGUUUCCUGGAUCUCUGAGGAUUCGUUCCACCCCAGUUCCCAUGCAGAGGCCGUGGCCUGGCACCUGGCAUUCUCCAGGCUCCCCAGGCACUUUGUACCAUCUUUAGUGGUGACACAUAUGCUAUGGGUGGAGCGGAGGCGGAGGGACAAGAUCAACAACUGGAUCGUCCAACUUUCGAAAAUCAUUCCAGACUGUAAUGCAGACAACAGCAAGACGGGAGCGAGUAAAGGAGGGAUCCUGUCCAAGGCCUGCGAUUAUAUCCGGGAGCUGCGCCAGACCAACCAGCGAAUGCAGGAGACCUUCAAGGAGGCCGAGCGGCUGCAGAUGGACAACGAGCUCCUGAGGCAGCAGAUCGAGGAGCUGAAGAAUGAGAAUGCCCUGCUUCGAGCCCAGCUGCAGCAGCACAACCUGGAGAUGGUGGGCGAGAGCACCCGGCAGUGACGUCCGCCGCCACCGCGUAGCCGCCGCCGCCCACACCGGCCUCUGCUGCCCCCUUCCCCAGCCCUUAGCACAGAGAGGGACACACGCCCCUCCCCCAGCUGCGUUUUUUUAUAGUAGAUUUUUAACAAAAAAAACGGGGAGAAAUAAUGCAUUUCUGUGGAUACAGUGCCCACCGCCCUCCUCCACUUGGAAACGGUAUCCUCCCUCCCCACCGUCUGUCUGUCGCCCUACUCCCAGCCCUCACUAAGCCCCGGCACUUCUAGUGGUCUCACCUGGAGGCAGGAGGGAGGGGGACAGAGGCCCUGCUGCGUCCCACUGCCUCCUGGUCUCUGGAGGUACUGAGACAGGGUGCUGAUGGGAAGGAGGGGAGCCUUUGGUGGGGGCCACCCAGGGCCUGGACCUAUGCAGGGUGGCAACAUCCCACUCCACCUCUUGUUUCUGGGUCCCUGCUCCCCUGGUGUGUGUGUGUGUGUUUUAAUUUUCUUUAUGGAAAAAUCGACAAAAAAAUAGAGAGAGAGAGAGGUAUUUAACUGCAAUAAACUGGCCCCAUGUGGCCCCCGCCUUGUC